AUGUUUUCUCAACGUCUUCUAUUCGUGUUCCUGUUCGUCGGAGCGGCGACAGCCGUUCUGAAUCAUCGGAGAAGACGGGACAAUACUUACGGAGACGAAGCCGUCACUCCGGCUGGCGGCGGAGCGAGUGCAGCGCCCAUGGCCGCGGAGGUGAGCAUGUUUUAACUCCUCUUCUCUCGAACUUCCCCUUCCAGAUGGCCCCGGCAACGAUUGCUCCAGAAGGCGGCGGCGCUCAAUCGAAUGUCGAGAGCUCGGGAUACCGGAAGAAAAGAGCUACGCAAAACAGUUAUGGAGACGAAGCGGCGGCUCCGGCUGGGGGAGGAGCCCCGGUUGUCGAGGUAUCCGAAGCUCCGGCGGUGACUGUCGAGCAAGCGGGAGGCUCUCAGAGUGCAGUCGCCUCUAGUGGAUAUUGA